AGCAAUCAGAAUGGGCCUACUACGGAAGUCAUUUCUCCCUAUCUAAGGCCACCUUUCACUCCGCCGUUCUCUGUCACGACCGGGAAAAACCUCGCCGCCGCCGGCCUCCUCUCUCUUGCCUUCCAUCCCCCGUUGCGUCGAACCGUCCCUCUCGGGGAGUAGAGAGAGGAUGAUGGAGUCGGAGGUGGUGAGGAUGGAGAUGGUGCUGGCGCCGACGCUGCCGUUCAAGAAGGUGCAGACGGCGGACAAGUAUCCCAAGGGCCAGUCCCGGGGCCGCCAGUGGAAGCACCUGCGCCACCUGCUCCAGUCCGCUGAUGCAUCCUCCAUGCCCCCGGACCGCCCCAAUUAUAUGAAUAUCCAAUCGCCCCCAUCCAUUUACCCACCAAAGAGAUACUGUGACUUAACAGGUUUUGAGGCACGGUACGUGGAUCCGAGGACAAAGUUGCGCUACUCUGAUCCAGAGGUGUUCAAGCAGAUCAGGAUGCUUCCUGAUGAAUACGUCCAAAGGUACCUGGCCUUGAGAAAUGCAGCAGUUAUCCUGCGAUAACAAUACCUAGGGGUAGCAGUCUUGUUGCCUAACUAUGCUGUAGUACUCAGAUGUAUGUAUACUCUGAUUGUAUGGACGAGGUUGUUUCUGAACAUUGAUCCUUCUAAAUAGAUCUUUCUUCCUCCCUAUUUUAAACAGAUGUAUUUUGAUGGAUUUCCCUACGUGAUUAGAGACAUUAUGCUGUAUAUUUUAUGUGCUGACAUUUGGGAAUUGAUGUUUAAAUAUACUAGUCCUAACUCUAAAAA